CAUGAUGAUCCGCUUGGCAUCUUUCUUCAGGGAAUAGUUCUGAUGGCUAACGAUCCAAACGGGACAGGGAAAAAGAUCAGCAGUUCCCUCAGGAGUCCUGAGCUAAUACAUAAAGUAUAAGUAACUGAAAAUACUGAGCAUAUCACACAAGUACUGGAGUAGAAGUACUCACAGCUGCUGCGUCUUCAUUUAAUUAUUUAUUCAAUUUAAUAAAAGCGAAGCUGCGGCGUCGUCAGGCAGGUGGGUAUUCCCCUCACGGGCAGGGGGCGUGGUCAGAGCCCCGGGGGCGGGGUCAGCGGAUACCGUGCCAUCCCGCAGGAUAAAAGCUGGUCCCGACAGCCUACGGGAGGCUCAGCUGACCGCUCCAGGACCAGGCACGAUCACGUGACCUUCUCACCUUCAGCUUGAUUAUCUGAAAUGCUCAGAGAGUUUCUGAUGUCUUCAGACGAGAUGAUUAUGACCAACCACACAGCAGCAAACACCACCGGAGCCGAGGACUGGACGCAGGUGUACGUCGUGGUCAGUUGGAUCCAGCUCGUCAUGGCUGUGCUCAGCAUUCUGGGUUCAGGCUCCAUCAUCUGCUGCCUGAUGUUACGGGGACUCAGCCGGAAGCCCGAGCUGCAGCCUCUGAUGCUGCUCAGCGUCGCAGACCUGCUGCUCGCCGUGUGCUGGCUGAUCGGCUCCAUCCUGUUCUUUAAAGACUGCACAAGCCGGAGCACGCACUGUUACUACCUGCACAUCGUGGAACAGGUUUUCUACAUGGCCUCCUUCUUCUACACCCUCUACUACAUUUGGAACCUCUACAAAGGAAUCAAGGAGAAGUACUGCAGCUGCAUGGAUGGAUACUCUGUACAGGUUUCCAACCGAGUGAGCACGGCGGGUAAAAUCGUUGCUCUGGUUUCAUGUCUGCUUCCUGUGCUGCUGAUGAUGCCGGUAAUCAUAGAGGGGAACAUCAGCCACUGUCAGGCCAACCUUACCGAACCCUACAGGUGUCUGAUGAUGCACACCGGAGCGCUGUUCCUGAUGUCGGACGAGCAGCCGAUGAGCCGAAGCUGCCUGUACCUGCACACCUACCACAUCACCGUCUUCCUCAUCACCGUGCUCGUCACCCUCCUCAGCAUCACGGUCCUCGUGGUCAAAGCGCGCUGUAUUUACAGGCGCAUCGUGACCUCUAACGGUUACCUGGGCAGCGAGCAGCGGGCCUCGUUCAGCGUGAUGGACCGGAGGAUGGUCCUGUACCCGCUGGUCUUCGUCUUCUGCUGGGGUCCAGCGGUGAUCCUGGCGUUUCUGCGAGUGGCGGAUCCCGCGGCGUGCCAGGGCAAAGCCGGGGUGGUGCUGUACAUCCUGCAGGCGUUAACCUCGGCCUCUCAGGGCUUCUUUAACUGUCUGGUCUACGGAUGGAUUCGCGUGUACCUGCGGCGAGCCCGCAGGACGUUUUCGUCUCGAGACGCGGACACUCAGACGCCUCUGCUGCGAGCGCAGAAGAGGAGAGGCUACCAGACCCUGCAGACGCUCGCCUGAGACACACUGAGACCGAGGGCGUGUCUCUGCCAGCUGCCUCGAGAGGAGAGUCUGAACUUUCGCUUUCCUCGAGGGGGGAAACACUUUGUUUCUGCAUCAAACUUCCACCUAUGAUCCUGAACCACUGAGGCGAGAAAAAAGGGAAGAAGCAGGAGGGGGGGGGGGGCUUUACACCGAGAGGAAGAGCGACGCCGAAAACAGGAUUUGAAAGAGACGCGACAUCGUCACCUGUGAGCUCCGUCGCACGGACGGGCCUCACAGGGGUUUGUUCAGGCAGGUCACAUGACCCCUGCUGGUCACCGGCGCACAGUGAAAAUGAAGACGCGUUUCUUUGGACGUUUGUAUGUUUUAUGAAAUGUGCAAAUGACAGAAAAUUAUUCCUUGUGUUUAAAAAAACAGAUUUAAUCUCUGAGACUUUUUGUAAAUAUGCUCCUUUAAUCACAUCUGAAUUUGUUUUCCUUUUAUUUCUGUUGACUGCAUUAAAAUAGAGAUUUCUA